GUUGUAGAGUAGAACAUUAUACUCUCUCUUUCUCUCUCUCUAUAUAUGCAACACACCAACUGAACCAUCACACUGAUCUGCAAAAUCGAUAAUAAUUAUAAGCCGAUCUUUGUCACCGUUAUAAUCGAGAAAUCGUAGCCAUAGAUUCCUAAUCCUGUGUCUAUAUAUAUAUAUAGGUGUAUGAGUGACCAUUGAUCUCUCUUGCUCUUCGUCUCUGUUUUUAGACCAAGAACUCUGCAAAAGGGUUUUGUGGAAAGGUCAGUUGUGGAUAGAAGAUAUAUGUCGGCAGAGUCUGAAUCGGCGUUGAUUGGGGCUCAGUUGAAGCUCUGGAUUUCAUUCACUUCUGUGUUCUUCGCUUUGUGCUUGCAACAACUCUGCUGUCUUGACCAGCAGAGGACCAAUCUCUGUUUCCCAACUGUUUCGAUGCGUUUGAGGCCAAAGAGGACUUGUUCUGGAGUAGAGUGUUUUGGGGGUUUUCACAUAAAACGAUUUUUCUUUCUCUUUUUGUUCUUUAGAGGGCCUCUUACUUGAUACACCACCUCUGUUCCUGAUAGAUUCCCCUUUUUUUCAUUCCUUAAAAUUUUCUUUUCUUUUCUUUUCUUCCAAACAAGUUUUUCCGGGUAUUUUUUUUGAGGGGUUUUUGAUCGACUUAAGAGAAAAUGCCAGAACCCAUAUCACAUCCACAAUCGAAUCAAAACAAUCACUCCAAGAAAUCAAAAACCAAGUCGAUUUCUUCCGAAGAACCCUCCAAAACGAAGAGAAUCCGAAUAAUCUGUUACGAUCCGUAUGCAACAGAUUCAUCAGACGACGAGAUGAGUGAAAAACCAUGCGGAAAACGUAUUGUUCAAGAGAUUAUCCUUCCUGUAGGUGGGUCGAAUUCGAAUCGGCCUAAAGCUCCUGAAACAGAGAGCUCAUGCCAAGACAGCAACAACAACAAUGGAGAAAAAGCCCCAAAAAAGAAAAGGGUUUUAGCUAAAACCCCAAAUCCAAAUCGACGGAGACCAUCUGGGUCGAAAUACAGAGGUGUUCGACAGCGAAAAUGGGGGAGAUGGGCUGCUGAGAUUCGAGACCCUUUCACUGGAAAGAGGCUCUGGUUGGGCACUUACAGCACCGCCGAAGAGGCCGCAAAGGCCUACGAUACGAAAAAGCUCGUAUUCGCGGCCAUGGCGUCCGAGAGAAGCACUCAAUCAGUGGCUGUUUCUCAGUCUGCUGUGUCUGAGGAAUCCGAGAGCUUGUCUCACACAUCUCCAUUUUCAGUCCUUGAAUUGGACUCUCCGGCUUCGAUUUCAGAUACACAGAUAAAUGGAAAAUGUGAUGGAACAGUGAAAAUUGGGACCAAUGUUGUGGUGGAUAAGCCAUUGGUGUCUCAAAUUGAGAAGAGUGAUGGUGAGAAGAUUGUGGGCAGUUCUGGUUCUGUUGGUGGUGUGGAUGAGGAGCCAUUGAUGGCUCAAAUUGGGGAAGGGCUUGAUCUUGGGAUGGAGCUUGAUUCGCUGUUUAUCGAUGAUUUUGGACAUCUGUUUGAUGAUUUUGGGAGUCUUGAUGAUCUUCAAAUCUUUGGGUUUGAAGACAAUGAACCAAGUGAUCUUCCUGAUUUUGAUUUUGAGCUUGGAAAUGAAGAGUUUGCUUGGGUGGAUGGACCCCUCAAUAUAGCAUGCCUAUAAGUUUUGCAGCUAGUAGGAAUGAGUGUUAGUAUUAUGACUAUAUUAUAUUAUACAGUUUUAGGGAGAGAAAUGUAUAUCAAGAACAUUUGAUUAAGUUCUUGAGAGUGGUUUUGUUUAUUUGUUUGUUUGUUUAUUAAUAUAGAAAGAGAUGAGUGAGCUUGAUUCAUUUGUAUGGGAGAGAGAGAAAGUCCUUUGGUUUUUCAUGUGCUAUUAAAGAGCCUUCCAAGGGUUUUCAUUUCUUCUUCAAAGAGAAUUUUGCUAGAAUUAUGCUCAGUUUUUUCAUCUGUCUAAAGUUAAGUUCGUCAUUUGAGUAAUGGAACUUUUAUUAAGUUAUGAGUAUAUACCUUUUUAUUC